GCGGAAGCCCGCCGUCCGCAGGCCGGUCCCGGGCCUCGUGGCCGCCUGUUUCACCGCCAUGGAGCUGAGUGCCGAGGCGCUCCGGGAGAAGCUGCUGCGACAGUUGCAGGCGGACCACGUGGAAGUGGAGGACACGACCCCCAGCCGCUGUGCCUCCAGUUUCCGGGUCCUGGUGGUCUCGGCCAAGUUCCAGGGGAAGCCUCUGCUGCAGCGACACCGGCUGGUGAACUCGUGCCUCGCCGAGGAGCUGCCCCAUAUCCACGCCUUCGAGCAGAAAACUCUGACCCCAGAGCAGUGGGACAAGGAGCGACAGAAAUGAUGGGGCCUCGGCAGCGGACGCAGAUUGUUAGCGGGCUGAAUACGGACUGGGGAAAGCUCCAUGUCUCCCUCUUGGCCUCUCUCCUCCCGUAGGAGUGGAGGCGGGGAUGGGUCGGGACAGCGUUACAUUAUUUAUCCUGAUAUGAUAACCCGACUAUCUGAUUAACUAGUUCUCUAUGGUGCAUUAAACCUGAAACAGGGCCGUGGA